AAAAAAUGCUCAAUCCGAAUGAUAUUGAGGAACAUUCCACUAGACCACUUUCUUCAUCAAUAUUUUCUCCACUUUCCCCUACAAAGAUGAGUAUGAGAAAAAGUAAGAAAAUAGGAAAUCUUCUUAGACCAGGAACUGCAGCCAGUACUUUUUAUCAAGUUUUAAACCAACCACAAACGGAUCAAACCCUUCUCGGAAAUUCUUCAUCAAAUAAUAUUCAAACAAAUGGAAAAGGGACUUUCCUAGCUCCACAAGAUGAAAAUCAUACUGCUAUUUUCUCUGUUAUAAUUGUUGUUUGGACAGUAAUUGAAUUUCCAAGAUUAUUGAUUGGCUAUUCAGGAAAUUUGAAAGAGAAAGUGCCUAGAGUUUUUGCAUUCAUGAUUCUUUCCACUAUUCAACCAUUAUUGUAUAUUUAUUUCAUUGUUUAUCAACCUGUUGUAUCUCCAUUAGACUACAUUAUUUGUAGUAUUCAGUUGCUUUUCUACAUUUUGGAAUAUAUUUUCGGAAUCAGUUCUCUCAGAAAUUUCACAAGAGUUAGCGGGAUUAGAUACAAAUUGUACUUUAACAAGGAUGGUACACUAGCCCUUGAUGAGGAGGAAGAUGUCGAAAACAAAAAUUUCGUGGAACCUUUUAAUAUCAAUACUGAAGGUGAUUUUAAGUAUAAUUUAUCUGAUUUAUCUGACUUGAACAAAUUACAAUCUAUAUUAGAAAUUUACUAUUCUGGUAGUCUUUAUGUCCAUGGAUCAAACAACAGUCAACAACAAAUUAAUAUUGAAACCAUGCUUCAACAUUAUUUUGGUUCCGAUAGAGAUUGUUGGAAAAAAGGUAUUUUACUUUUAGCUAAUAGCAGUGGAAAUUCUACAAUGCAACACGUUCAAUGGUUUGCAUUAACUCUUUUAGAGGAGAGUGUGCAUCAUGUUGCUUAUUGGCAGAAUGAAAUGAAGGAUGAGGAGAGACAACAAGUGGAAAAUGUACUUAUGGUUAAUGUUCUACCAAAUUAUAGGCUUUAUCCUGCUUCUAUUUGGAGAAAGGCUUGUAAAGUUGUUGUGGAAAUUGUAAAAAUGGAAUGGCCACAAAGAUGGCCAAACUUUUUAAAUCAAGUUUUUCAAAUUGGAAACAAUUCUGAUACAGUAGUUGUUGCUCUUACUAUUUUACAAAUGUUAUCUGAAGAAAUUUCAAGUAUGAGUGGAGAGAAUACCAGAGAUAAAGAUGAUAUUCCAGAAGAUAGAAAAGAGGUUCUUUAUCAAUCUAUGCUUUCUAUUGUAGAUGAAUUGUUAACUUUUCUUUUAGGAAUUUUAACAUCACUUCAUGAUGGUUAUUUUGCCACAUUAUUUUCAAAGAUACAAUCCCAACAAAAUAUUGAUGAAACAAGUUUCAAAGGAUUUUGUGAAAUUGUUACUUUCUCUCUUGAUUGUUUGAAUCAUGUACUAUCAUGGUCAAUCAAGGAAAGAAUAGACGAUCCAAUGUACUCCAUAACAACAAAGGCUUUGAGCUGUUUUAGUGAAGUUAUUUCCAAAUCAAUCAAAACAACACAAGUAGAUGAUAACUAUGCUAGAUCGCUUGGUAUUUUAAUGAAUAACAUGUAUUCAGCUAUGCUUGACCUUUUAUCAACUUACAGUGGUAUUUUUAAUUUCGAGAAUGAAUUAUUUUCAGAAGGAGAACGUGAGGAACUUAUUGUAAAACUGCAUUUAAUGGUACAAGGAUUCAGUGAAUACCAUUUGGGAAGAAUAUUUCUUGCUAUGCAUAAUGAUGAUUUAGGUCAUGGGUUGAAUAAGCUUCAGUUAAACUUUGAUAUCAAUGCAUUUUUGGAACGUUUUUAUAGAUUUACAACUCUUCAAUUCACUACUGAUGAUUAUCAGACAGCAGUGGCAACUUGGCUCACUAUUAUAGAUACAGUUACAAACUCGUUUGAAGACGUUAGUGAUACAAGUUUCUAUCAAACCUACCACAAUUGUAUUAAACUCUUAAUUAGAGAUGUUAUAGGAAGAAUUCAAUUCAGAGAAAUUAAGAAAUAUUUUUCUAAUUCCCUCAAAGUUAAUAUUGAAAAAAUUGAUAUCAAAUAUUUGGAAGAUUUGGAUGAUACCAAAAAAGAUAGCCAAAAUUGCACUGAUUUUUAUAAUCAUUUAGAUGUUUGUGUUGAAUUAAUAGGGGCUAGUAUUGAAACCUUUAGAGAUGAAUUAGAAGUUGUAAUGGAAAAUUUCGAAAAAACUAUUACAGAUUUCAAUUCUGUAUUCAAUAACCUUCUUCCUUCUUGCAUUCAAUCUCAAACACUUCCGGAUAGGAAAACCUGGGAUAUUGUCACUAUGAUAUUUAAAGAUUUGAGAACUUUGAUUUUUAUCCUUACAAGAUUAUCAAACACAUUCGUUUAUGAUUUUGAGAGCAAAUUUAAUAUUACUGCCAAUCUAUUUACCAAAAUUUUAGCUAUACAAAAUACUGGAAUCAGAACAAUAUUUGAUAACAAUAGUCAAUAUGCUAUGAUAAUUCAAAAAUUAGAUCCAUCACCUCAUUCUAUUGGGUUAUAUAGGUUAACAGAAGAAACUUUUUCAUUCCUUCAACAAUACAUUAGAUGGAUUUUCCUCUUUGGUACAAAUAUUAGUGCCAAAAUUGUUGAGCAAGUGGAAAAGAGUGGUUCAACCUCUGAUGAAUUAUUACAAAUGCAAACUAAUUAUAUCUCUUUAGUGACUAGUAUCUGUGAUAAUAUUGUGCAAUGUCUAUUAAUAAGUAGUAAUAGCGCAAGUUUUACAUUACCAUUCGAUUUGACUGCUUCUUCUACCAGUCUUUUAUUAUUACUGUCUUCCUCACUUACUAAUUUAAGUUUGAAACAACCAACAGCUACAAAUCUUAAUGGAAUGGCCUAUAAGCAUUUUCUUUCUACCACUAUUGAAGAAUUACCUUCAUUUCAAUCCCUAAUUCUACCAAAUUUGAAUCAAAUGAUUUCUUCUAUUGCAUCCAAAUAUCCUCCAAUUUUAGAGAAUGCUGAAUUUAUUCUUUCUAAAAUAUUUGUAUCCAUUUCUACCAGUAUUUUAAGCAAAAAAAAUUUAUCUUUGUUAGAGGAUUUGAAUGAUAGGAACAAACUUUAUGAAAGAUUAGCUUUCAGACAAGUCUUGCCUGCUUUUGGUAAUAAUUCAAUGAUGAAUUGUUUUGCUACAAUUUUUAUUAAUAUUUUAAUAGCCAAAAGUCACAACCUUUACAAGUCAGAAUUAAUAACAUCACUUUAUAAUAUGGUUAAUGCUGGAAAUUGGGAAAAUUUUUCAGUUUUCAUCCAACAAUUUUUGAGCAGCGAUAACAAGUUAGUGCAAAAGUUGAGUAAUGACCAAAAACAACAAUUACUUAUUCGUCUGCUAGCUAAACCAAAUCAUAUUGAGGAUUCUGAAUGGAGAAGAAGAGAAAGCUUUGCAAAAAGAGUAUCCCAAUUCACAAACGAUAUUUCUUACAGUGUAAAGCAAAACACACAUUCUAACCUAUCCUUCCUUGUUUUAAAUUAUAUUAAUAAAUAA